AAAGCGCGCUGCUCUUCCCCGGGGUUGUUGCUAUUUGGGCGGCGCGUCACGUCACGGCUGCGUUGAUUCAGCGGCGGCCUCCUAGCCCUCCUCCUUUUCCUCUUGGGUCCGCUCAGGCCUGGCGCUCACUCUGGUUCUCUCAGCCUUUCCUCGCCAGCGCCCCUUCUUCUUCUUCGUCGUCGUCGUCGUCAGUCCCUUAGGCCGGCAGGGAGGGAAGCCGAAGCUGGGAAAAGGGCCAUGACCGUGGAGCAGAAUGUGCUGCAGCAGAGCAACUCCCAGAAGCACCAGCAGAUAUUUCUGAAUCAGCUGAGAGAAAUCACAGGUAUCAAUGACACCCAAGUACUGCAGCAAGCCUUGAAGGAUAGCAAUGGGAACCUAGAAUUAGCAGUAGCCCUCCUAACUGCAAAGAAUGCCAAGAUUCCUCAGCAAGAAGAAACAACAUACUAUCAAACAGCACUUCCUGGUAAUGACAGAUAUAUAAGUGUAGGAAGCCAAGCAGAUACAAAUGUAAUUGAUCUCACAGGAGAUGACAAAGAUGAUCUACAGAGAGCUAUUGCCCUCAGUUUAGAGGAAUCGAACAGGACAUUCAGGGAGACUGGGAUAACAGACGAGGAACAGGCCAUUAGUAGAGUUUUAGAAGCCAGCAUAGCAGAAAACAAAGCAAGUCUGAAAAGAACACAUCCAGAAGUCUGGAGUGAUUCUCCAAAUCCAUACGAUAGAAAACGUCAAGAUAUUUGUCCAGUAGGAUUAAAAAAUGUUGGUAAUACAUGCUGGUUCAGUGCUGUUAUACAGUCAUUAUUUAACCUGUUGGAAUUUCGAAGGCUAGUCUUGAAUUACAAUUUACCAGCAAGUGCUCAAGAUCUCCCCCGAAACCAAAAGGAACAUAGAAAUUUACCUUUUAUGCGCGAAUUAAGAUACCUCUUUGCACUUCUUGUUGGCUCGAAAAGAAAAUACGUUGACCCAUCAAGAGCUGUUGAAAUUCUUAAAGAUGCAUUUAAAUCAAAUGAUUCUCAGCAGCAAGAUGUGAGUGAAUUCACACAUAAAUUGCUGGAUUGGCUGGAAGAUGCCUUUCAAAUCCAGGCUGAGAGGAACAGUAAGAAUGGGGAAAAGCCAAAGAACCCAAUGGUAGAACUGUUUUAUGGCCGGUUUUUAGCAGCUGGAUUUCUUGAAGGUAAAGAAUUUGAAAAUACGGAGAUGUUUGGCCAAUAUCCACUUCAAGUUAAUGGCUUCAAAGAUCUUCAUGAGUGCCUAGAAGCUGCCAUGGUUGAGGGAGAAAUUGAAUCUUUACACUCAGAAAAUUCUGGAAAAUCUGGUCAGGAGCACUGGUUUACUGAGUUACCUCCGGUCUUGAUUGAGCUCUCAAGAUUUGAAUUCAAUCAAGCUUUGGGAAGGCCAGAAAAGAUACACAACAAAUUAGAAUUCCCUCCGGUUUUAUACCUGGACAGGUAUAUGCACAAAAACAGAGAAACUACACGAAUAAAAAGAGAUGAAAUCAAGAGACUGAAAGAAUACCUCACAGUAUUGCAGCAGCGAUUAGAAAGAUAUUUAAGCUACGGUUCCGGUCCUAAACGAUUCCCAUUGGUAGAUGUCCUACAGUAUGCAUUGGAGUUUGCAUCAAGUAAACCAGUAUGCACAUCUCCUAUUGAGGAUCUUAGUACUAGUGCUGUUCCUAGUGGUCCUUUGUCAACACAUGCAAUACCAAGCACAGUAGAACAACAGGGGCCUUCUACAGAAACACAGAGUGCAGCACCUACCCAGCGAUCAGUUAUACACAAGCCAUUUACACAAUCACGGAUUCCUCCAGACCUACCCAUGCAUCCAGCACCACGGCACAUAACUGAAGAGGAGCUAUCAGUACUAGAGGGCUGUUUACACCGUUGGAGAAAAGAGGUGGAAAAUGAUACUAGAGAUUUGCAAGAAAGCAUAGCUAGAAUACAGAGAACAAUUGAGUUAAUGUACUCUGACAAAUCAAUGUUGCAAGUUCCUUAUCGGUUACAUGCGGUGUUAGUUCAUGAAGGCCAGGCUAAUGCAGGACAUUAUUGGGCAUAUAUUUUUGACAGUUAUCAACAGAGGUGGAUGAAGUACAAUGAUAUUUCUGUGACAAAAUCUACUUGGGAAGAGCUUGAGCGUGACUCAUUUGGUGGUUAUAGGAAUGCAAGUGCUUAUUGUUUAAUGUAUAUCAAUGAUAAAGAACCACUUUUUAUACAAGAAGAAUUUAACAAGGACACUGGGCAUAUGAUUUUUGGAUUGGAUACAUUACCUCCUGAUUUAAGAGAUUUUGUUAAAGAAGACAAUAAACGUUUUGAAAAAGAGUUAGAAGAAUGGGAUGCACAGCUUUCUUUGAAAGCUCAACAAGAAAACUUAAUCAAGUCCCAAAUAGAUACCAUGCUAACAUAUUUAUAAUAGACUUUUCCUUUUUGUCCCCCAAAAAUAAUGGGAGAAGAACCAGAGUAUUUGGAACAACCCUCAACAGCUGAUUUCUCAAAACAGUUGAAAGAAGACUCUAUACGAGCAAUCACAAAAGCAUUUACUGAACAAGAAGAUAAGAAUCCUGAAACUAUUAUGCACAUGAAUUCUCAUAAUGACCCAAUUGGAACAGCUCCAAAUCAAAAAGUUGUAGAAGUGACGAUUCCUGAUAUAGGGACUUACGUGGUUGAGUCAGAGGAAGGGGGGUAUGAUGAUGAGGUUAUGCUGACCCCGAACAUGCAAGGUAUUAUAAUGGCUAUAGGUAAAGCCACGCAUAUAUAUGACAGGUGUGGGCCAGAAGCAGGGUUCUUUCAGGCAAUAAAAUUUGAAUAUGCAAGAUUACUCAAACUGGCCCAAGAAGACACACCACCUGAGCGUGAUUAUCGUUUGCAUCAUGCAAUUGUAUACUUCAUCCAGAAUCAGGCCCCAAAGAAAAUAAUUGAGCGAACAUUGUUGGAGCAGUUUGCAGAUCACAAUUUAAGCUUUGAUGAAAGGUGCCGUAAUGUGAUGAAAGUGGCUCAAGCCAAACUUCAAAUGAUAAAACCAGAUGAAGUCAACAUGGAAGAUUAUGAGUGGUGGCACCAAGAAUACAUAAAUUUCAGAGAGACAACAAUAUAUCUCAUGGUGGGAUUGGAACAUUUUCAAAAGAGGAAUUUUAAAGAAGCUUUGUUAUAUCUAAUAUGUGCAUAUCACAAGAAUAAAGAACUAUCAGCAAAUGGUUUGUAUAGGGGGCAUGAUGGACUGAUAUCCCAUUACAGAAGAGAAUGUUUGCUGAAACUAAAUGAGGUGGCUGCUGCACAGUUUGAAUCUGGAGAUGAUCAACAGGUAAAUAAGGGCCUGGAAAUUAUGAAUGAGCUUAUCGUCCCUUGUCUACCAUUAUUGCUGGUGGAUGAAACGGAGGAAAAGGAUAUUGUUGCUGUGGAAGAUAUGAGAAACAGGUGGUGUUCAUACCUUGGACAAGAAAUGGAGCGUAACUAAUUACAAGAAAAAUUGACGGAUUUUCUGCCAAAAUUGCUAGAUUGUUCUACAGAAAUUAAAAGCUUCAAUGACUCACCGAAAUUACCUUCUUAUUCUACCAAUGAACUGUGUGAGCGUUUUGCCCGAAUCAUGUUCCUCAGCCGAACUCCAGCUGAUGGAAGAUAAUAUACGGAAGACCUUCUUAAGCACACUGUAUAAACUGUUUUUAUUCUUAAUCCUUGCCUUCCUGUCACAGGAUUUGCUUGUUGCUGCUAUAGUUUUAACUCUUUCAUUUUAAUAAUGUAAGAAAAGAAGCGGAUUGUACAGAAAUUAGCCAGACUGCAGACAAUAUUACUGAGAAUCGCAUGGUACUCAGUUCCUAGUCAGCCAGAAUUUGUGCAACAUUACAAGUCUGAUUUAUUUUGGCAAACCUGCUUUUUUGCCACUUACCUGUUACGUAUUAUUUCACUUUUAACUUAAGAUCUUUUACUUCAUGAACAGUUUUCUGUUCGGUCUGGACUAUUCUGUGACUCCAUCAAUUUUAAAGUGACCAGUGUACAAUACAUGAUACCUGGUAGCUUGUAAAUUACAUCAAGAAUAAAAAGUUUUAUUUA